AUGUCGUUCGAACUCUCCGACGUCGACAUCUCUGAUGCAGAAGUCAUUGCGCGGGAUAUUGAAGUUCCGGCAAUGCAAAAUGUCCCAUUAUACCGAAUAAUGUUUCCUAGUUCAGACUCAAUGCAAGCUACACAACUGGAUCAAAUAAUUCGUUGGUACACUGACAUGUUAGAGGAUGCUCUACGAGGUCGGUGGGAAAGCUUUCUCAAGGCCUGCACUGUUGACGACAAACCUGUUGGGUUCUGCGCAUGGACCCUCGAAGCCCAAACGAAUGAGAGGCAGCCUGUUAUGAAUGCAAAUGCGAAAGAAAAUUUGCGAAAGCGGGAGAAGAGGGGAAAGAAAAACUGGUUACCAGAGAUUCUGGACGUGGAACAAUGGUUGUCUGUAUCAGCCCGGUUAAGGAAGGAGCGUGAGCGGGUCUUUGGGGAUCUCAACAGUAUAUGCCGUCUGACGUUUAUGUCGGUAAAUCCAGACUAUCAACGACAAGGGAUCGGCUCUAUGUUGAUGCAGCGGAUUUGUGAAGAGGCCAAUCUACAUGGUCGGCAAGCGUAUGUGCUCGCUUCACCAGAAGGAGUUCGACUGUAUGCAAAAUUCGGAUUUCAAGUUGUCGGUGGUGUGGAUACACCUCAAGGCACAAUAACAAGUAUGCUUCGACAGCCUCAACAGAGGGAGGUCAUUGAGACCAGUUGA